AUGCCCGCAUUUGCGCGGGCGUCGGCAAGACAAUUUGGAGCCAAAAGACUGUUUCACGCCUCUAUGCUUCGCCGCAUGGAGGAUCCUUACAAGAUUUUAGGGGUGGACAAGACCGCAUCGGCCAAGGACAUUAAGAAAAAAUACUACCAGCUAGCCAAAAAGUACCACCCAGACGUGAACAAGGAAGACGGUGCAGACAAGAAGUUCCAGCAAAUCCAGGACUCUUAUGAGCUUCUUUCGGAUGAGACUAAACGUGCGCAGUACGACCAGUUCGGCUCUGCUGCCUUUGGCGGUGCAGGAGGCCCUGGCGGCCCAGGAAAUGCUAGCGGGCCGUUCAACCCGUUUGGAAAUGCAGGAGGAUUUGGAUUUGGUGGACAGGGUGGCUCUAUUAACCUUGACGAUCUUUUCUCCGCGUUCACAGGCGGUGCAGGUGGCGGAUUCCGGGGAUUUGGCGGUGCUGAGAGUGCCCGGGCUAGACCUGGUCCUCAAUUGUACAAAGGUGACGAUAUCGAGAUUGUCCAGUCAAUAACCCUCGAGGACGCAUCUACAGGAACCACCAAGAACGUCAAGUAUUCCGUCGUUGAUGAAUGUGGAACCUGCCAUGGAUCUGGUCUCAAGGCAGGAAAGACGUCUGAGACCUGCAGUGCCUGUAAUGGUAGCGGCUCGACGGUGCAUCUCAUGCAGGGCGGGUUCCAAAUGGCCUCGACCUGCCACACCUGUGGAGGCAGCGGUGUGGUGAUUCCGCGGUCCAGCCAGUGCUCGUCUUGUCACGGUGAAGGUGUUGUCCAAGAAAUGAAGACAUACAACCUGGAUAUUCCUGCUGGCGUGGCAGAUGGUAUGAGGUUGCGUGUUGGCGGAGAAGGUGAUAGCCCCGUCGUUCGCAAGAGUGCCGAUGUACGUACUCAGCGGGGUGAUUUGUAUGUUCGUGUCCAUGUCAAGGAGAACCCCAACUUCAUCCGUAACAAGAGCGAGCUUAUCUACAGCGCUGAGAUCCCCAUGACCACCGCAGUUUUGGGUGGAAAAGUCCCUAUUCCUACCCUUGGUGGUGCUAGAAUCAACAUCAACAUUUCUCCGGGCACCCAGCACGGAGAUCACAUCACUAUCCCUGAUCAAGGCAUGCCUAUGCUGAAUCGACCAAACGUCAAAGGUGACAUGCGUGUGAAUCUUAAAGUUCGUAUUCCGCGUGCUCAGGAUGCUACUCAGACAAUGCUAUUCGAGGCACUGGCUGACUCUUUAGGCGAUAAACAAGCCAAACGUAUUUACCCACCCAUUUCGGAAGUGCGUGAAGACGAGCAUGACCAGUCGCAGCCUGGACUGUUGAAGCGACUGUUCAAUAAACUCACAAACCAUCAUGACAAAAAGUGA